UAUCAGGGAAUCCUGACUUGCUGUUACAUCACUCUCCUGUCCAGAAUUGGGGAGCGAGUUGCUGCCAGCUUGAGGAAGGAAUUGUUUUCAACUCUGCUCAGGCAGGACAUGGCAUUCUUUGAUGCCACUCGAACAGGCCAGAUGGUGAGCCGCUUAACUAAUGACAUUCAGGAGUUUAAAUCCUCCUUCAAACUGGUGAUAUCUCAGGGUUUGAAAAGUCUCACUCAGACAAUUGGCUGCUUGGUUUCUCUCUACGUCGUGUCACCAAAGCUAACAAGCCUGAUGUGUCUAGUGAUGCCACUCCUCGUUGGAACUGGAGCGUAUAUAGGCUCGUACCUUCGGAAAUUUUCCCAAAAGACACAGGAACAGAUUGCCAAGGCGACAUGUCUUGCAGAGGAGGCACUGGGAAAUAUACGGACAGUGAAGGCAUUUGCAAUGGAAGACCUGGAAAUUAAUUUUUUCUCUAGAGAGGUGGAUGAAGCCUGCAGCAUGAGUCAGAUCCUGGGUUUUGGAAUUGGUAUCUUCCAGGGAUUAUCCAACUUUUCAUUAAACUGUAUAGUUCUGGGUACCAUCUGUGUUAGUGGAAUGAUGCUGGCGAAGGAGCGGCUGCGGGCUGGAGAUUUGAUGUCCUUCCUGGUGGCCACACAGACUGUGCAGAG